GACGAAUUUUAGGUCCCUCAUCAAGGGCCCUUACAUGCAGAGUAGCCUCAUGUAGAAUGGCCCGAAAUUGUUUCGCAAUUCGAAAAUUGGGGGUUCCUGAGAUCAUUUGAAGUAACAUUUUCCUUAGCGAAUAUGCAAUCCGCGGCAUUGUUUAUGAGUUAUCAACGAAUAACGUUGACCAAUAAAAGGUGAGCUCGGCUAGUGCGAGGCGGCCCAAUGAACGGUUGCACGAAGUCCAGUUCCGCUUAUUGGCGUUAUGUAAACCGCCAAAAGAUUCCAUGAAUGGGAUUUAGAGUUAGAGUGUGCAUUUUGACAACAAUAAUGUAUUGAGUAUUGAGUCAUUUUCUGCGGUUACAAUCAAUGGAAAAUUGUGUCCUGAUCAGAAACGCAUAGAAAUACUAGUUACACAUUAGAAAAAAGUAAGCGUUGCUAACCGCAACUAAUAACAUUGUAUAAAUAAAUAAACUGUCAUCGCUACUGUCAAGACGUUGAUAAAUCUUAUCAUCUUCUCCGAUUUAACGAAAAAGUUAAUGAAAGCGAAUUCAUUGAAAUUAUGAUGGAUUUUGAUAUUUGAAUGAUUUUGUUCUGUUGUAAAUCAAAUUUAUUAAUAUUGUCACAAUGAAUUUUGGAGUCAACUGGGAAGAGGAACAUCGCCGUACAUUGCUAAUAAGCAAUGCAGCAUUGGAAUCCUCGACGCAAUCAAUUGCUAGAUCUCAAGCAGUUGCAGUCGAAAGUGAAAAUAUAGCAACUGAAGUAAUAUCUGAGUUGAGUGAACAAAGAGAAAGAUUAUUGAGAGCAAAAAGGAGAUUAUCAGAAACAGAUGAAGAAUUGAAUAAAACCAAAAGAAUAUUAAACAUUAUGCGAAGGCGUGUGUUAAUGAACAAGUUUGUAUUAAUUCUAAUAAUAUUGUUGGAAAUAACUAUCCUCGGUAUUACAGUAUAUUUAAAAUUUUUUCAUUCAUAAUAUAAUGUAUUAAGUAUUCCAAGUAUUGUAUUUGUACAUUGUGUGUAUAUACAUAUAUUUCAAAUUUUAUUAUUAAAAUGUCGCAAGGAAUUGUAUAUAUUGAUACAAUAAAGUAAUUCUUAGGUCCA